AUGGGUGCGCUGGCGCACCCCUUCCAUGCUCCUCGCACUAUUAAGCAUAUCGAUAAACGUGUUUGUGGCUUUGAAGAGCGCAACCUUUUCGCUCGCGCCGAUGCGACGUCCACUGCUACUGCCACCAUCCCCAAAGCGACUGCUUGGAACCCUCCUUCUGGCAUGGUCACCGCACUUGAUCAGGUCUGGACCGAAACUCUAAAGGAAAAUCCCGGGUGGUCGGAUGAUAAAAACUGGAUCACCGAUCAACUCAUCGCCAACAAUGGCAGCAUCAACUACUGUGUUCGUUGGAACCACGAUGGUGCUAACACAGCCGCCCAACGCAACAAGACAUCCUCCGCCCUCCAACGCUCGCUGCAGAAAUGGUUCGACGUACUCGUCGGCUUUGAGGGGUUCCCUCUAACUUCUCUCGACGUCAAUGUCGUCGGCUAUGCUGUCAAAGAUAAAAGCCUACUUCAAGGUGACACCACUGGUUUGGAUAUUUACACCACCGCCGAUGCAGACGGUGUGCCUGAAUGCGACACUAAAUGUUACCGUGGCGGGCAUCUGGGUGUUGGCGAUGAUAUCAGUCAAUGCCCUGGUGGCGAGGACAGUAGAUACGAUAUCAGUCUCUGGCUCGACGAUAGCUUGCUCGGUCAAAUGGGUGGCUACGGCUACAACUGGGGUGAAGAACUUCCCCCAGACUACUUCUUCGACACCGUGGACAACGAAAACGUUCACAUCUUGCUUCAUGAGAUGGGUCAUGGAUUUGGUCUUCUCGAUUUCUACGAUUGGGUUCCGGAGGGUCAGACUAGUUUUGUCAUGAUGGCUGGAAGUGCGUUUGAGAUUACCGAGUUUGAUGCUUGGAUGCUUAGGGAUUGGUGGAGAAAGCUCAAGGCUGUUCGUGGUUGGUGA